GGGAAUAAAGAUAAUUAAUUUGUGAUCGUAUUGAAAUAUUGUAAGUAAUAUAAUUUUUAAAUAUUAGUUAAUCCUUUAUAGAAUAAUAGUUGAUUUUCUUAUAUGGUUGUACAGCUUAGAACAACGAGUCAAACAACACGUAACUAUUCUUACUUAAGUGGAUGUACUUAACAAAACCAAGAAAUAAAACUGAUUUAACUAAUUGAGAAACCAUUCUAAUGUCUAACGCGUAAAAUUAUUUUCGUUAAUGACGCUUAGAAUGAUUCCUGCUCUAGUUGCUAAAGUCAUAAUGAUAUUUUUUUCUCCCCACUCUUGACUAAGCUUGACAUGCCUCGUAGCCUUGCCAUUUUUUACAAGCGUAGUUGAUAUUUGACGCAGUCGUCUUCCUGUUUUGUAUGGGUACCAUAAACUGUAGUUAGUAAGUUUGUUCAAUUAUUUAAGUUACCAGCAUAGUGACAAAACAUUUUAAAAAUUUUCACUUGAUUGUUAUUUUUAAAUUUCGUAUUGUGUUAUUGCGAGUUAUUCCAAAUAACUAAAAUUGUGUUAAACAUUAAAUAUGGCGAAGUGGUAUAGGUGCCAAACUUUAAUUGUGUGUUUAUUUCUUUAUAUCGGAAUAUCAACGAUCCUAGGACAAAGUGUAUUGGAUCGGUACGAUUUGGAAGACACGUACGACAAUUCGUAUCAACUCGUUUUUAACUUACUGGAAGAAAAUAAGCCCCACAACCUUUUUAAAAGGGACGUUUCCAAUUCUACUAAAUACGAAUCCAACUCCACUACAAUAUCAAAUGUUCCGGACAACGAAACAAACGAAACAAAUACAAAAAAGAUUGUGACUGUACCUAUAGAAAAAACCUACACCAACAUAUCUCUCUUAGAACAUCCCCUGACUAGGAAUCUGGGGGAAAACGGUACGGGAAUCAGACGUAAUGUAACAGCAGUUACUUCAACACCAUCGUCGAAUGUAACAAUUUUUCUAAAAACGAAUAACACCGAUACAACAAACGUUGUUAACAAAACAGUUAACAAAAGUACAACAAAGACAAACGUUAUUGAAAUCAACGAUGAUAUUUACAACGAUUUUAACAUACCGAGCGAUUUGGAUACCGAAGAAGGAAGUAAAAAAUUCAAUGAAUCUUUAUCCAAACAUAAUGUUACAGCUUCGAAAACUGAUCCAAACUUAUUUUAUAAUACAUCCAUAUUUGAUGAUCCCAAUAUUGGACGAUCUUACUGGGUGAACAUGUCAGAUAUACCUGAAGUUAAAGUCAAUGAUAUUUUAUCGAAUUCACAUCGAAGAGCAGCAACCGUGAAAUUAUCAUUCAAUUUCCCGUUUUACGGACAUUUGAUAAAGAACGUGACCAUAGCCACUGGCGGUUUCCUUUACACCGGCGACUACGUGCACACUUGGUUAGCCGCAACGCAAUACAUAGCGCCGUUGAUGGCCAAUUUCGAUACCAGCAUAUCGAACACCAGUUUCAUCAAGUACCACGACAACGGUACCGCCUUCACCGUCGAAUGGGAAAAAGUCGUCCUACAAGAUAAACCCGAAGACGGCGAAUUCACCUUCCAAGCUACCUUAUUCGAUAACGGCGAUAUCAUCUUCGUUUACAAGAAGGUACCUCUACUCGUAGAUCAAAUCCAAGAGCUACAUCAUCCGGUCAAAGUCGGUUUAUCCGACGCCUACAUAAUGGACCAAACUGUAUUCCUUGUACGUAGAAAAACUAUAUACGAAUACGACAGGGUGAAUUUCAACAAGACCUACAUAAAAGAUUGGACCUCGAUCGUGUUGAAAGCCCUUCCGACGUGUUUGGAUGCCCAAGAUUGCAAUUCGUGUCUAUCGAGGAAAUUGAAUUUCGAAUGUUUCUGGUGUUCGGCUUUGGAUAAGUGCUCGCAGGGUUACGACAGGCACCGUCAGAAUUGGUUGUCGCACCAGUGCGAUAAAACCGCAUUCAAAAGCGUCUCUUUGUGUCCGAACGUCGAUAAUUCUUAUAUUUUCAAUCACGAUACUCAGGAAUCGGUUAAAGACGAUCCGGAUAAAAUGGCUUUGGCGGGAAAAGUCGUUGGUUCCGGUGCGCAAAACGACGUCGGGAUGUCCGGUAUAUUGGCCAUAUUGUUUUUGAUCGGGAUGGUAUCGGGAUUGACCUUCUGGGUGUUUUACGCUUACAGGAAUCCGCAUACUACCAGCGGACAAAUUUUAAUUAGAUAUCGACCCAGCCAAUGGGGAUGGAGAAGAGGAGAAGCCAGAUACACGGCAGCUACAAUUCAUAUGUGAUUAAAUUAAUAAUUAGGUUAUUAAAAAGAAAGGCGAUCAGUUUGUUCUCUAAUCAUAUGAAUAAAUAAAUUAACGAUGUUAUUCUUAACCAAAUUUUAGAGAACGACAUAUUUUUUUUCUUCUAGUGUUGUGUAACAUGAUUUUCUGUGAUAAUUAAGAGAAAAAAAAAAAAAGAUUUUAGCGUUACAGGGUUUCGGGAUAUAAUUGAUUACGGAGUCAACAGAAAUCAUUUUCUUUAUAGAUCCUGGAUUUUUUUGUUUAAAUCGUUUCUUCAAUCAUGAAAGGAUGACUUUUAACCUUUUUAUAUGUCCGUUACUGAUUUCGUCAGUAGUAUGUAUCCUGAAUGGUGCUAAUUACUAGGGCUGCGACUACUAAAACAGACAAUGUGGUACCAUUGGUAGUAUUUUUUAUUAAAUCAUCUCAAUAUUUCCCUUCCAUCUGUCCUCUAAAGAGUGUAAUGUGUGAUUUAAUCGAGUUCUUGAAGGGAUAAAGGGUUGUAAACUCACGUUACAGUAGGAUUAAUUAACUUUCUACUGAGAGAAAAGUUUAAUAUUCAUUUUCAGGUUUAUUCGAUUUGAUUUAUCACUAUCUAGCUCUAGAUUUCUCCUGUAUAUGCGUAUAUUUGGUAACUAUACAAAGUGUGUUCAAAAUUUGUACUGCAAUCAAUUAAAUUUCGAUUUUUCAAAUCCUGUCUUUGCCUUUUGUAGUGUCUUAAUAUUUUUGUAUACAUUUAAAAUAAAUUGUAUAUAUAUAUAAAUGUUUGACUGUUUUAUAUUGUAUAUUAUUAGCUCCUUUUCCGUUUAAACCUUGACUGAUUAUCCUUUGUUUUUUAUUUGUACCAAUUUUCUCUGCUUCCUCUUCGUUUUAAUUAAUUUUUUUCCUUAGUUCCAGCUAUAUAUCUACCAAUACUCCCAUAUCCACUUCUAUUUCGUCCCUACAGGACCCCUUAUCAGCCGUACUCGAUUUUGUGGGUUAUUUUCCCAAUGUUUGUUAAUCUUUUUCUCAUUGUUAUUGGAGUAUUUGUAUUUUAUCAUCCCAUUUGUUUAAUUCCCUUUGAUUCUUUUCUCGUUUCAAUGUCAUUAAUACUUUAAUCGGUUUUAGCUACCCAAAAAUUUAUUGUAAUUUACAAAUUUCGUGAAUUUCAAUUAUUUUUGUUUAAAAUUAGAAUUAAUAUUUUUUAGAUAAAUUGAUUUUUGGUUCGUUUUAUGAUUUUUUAAAUUUUUAUCAUCCAAAACUGAAUGUUGAAAAUUUACAUUUUGUGCGUCUUCUAUGUAAAAUCGCAUGAAAAAUUUGUGAUUUAAUAAAGUUGUAAGGAAAA